ACAUACGACCAUAGGUCGAGGAGAAUUGGGCAUCCCGUCCGCUCUGCCAUACACAAGCCUCGAACCGGCUGAUUAGUAGUUAGGUGGGUGACCACUAGCGAAUCCCAGCUGCCGUAUGUUUGCUAUUUUUUGCUCUUUUGCUCGGCCGAUGGUGACAGACGGUCAAGGAACGGGGGCAAUCAUGAGCCAACACAUAGAAGACCAACCAUGAAGAAGCGUCUGAUAUCAACAGAAAAGCAACAAACCCUUCCUUUUUGCCCACCGGACAUUCAACCCCCCUUCACGCAUCAAUCAAGAACACACCCAAACACCAACCACCUGCAGACACGUUGUAAAAAUUACUUUAGAACCGCUACAAUGCAGUACAAGAGACGCGACAACCCUGGCACUUUUCUCAAGUCCCAAUCGAUAUACCCCUCAGCUAGCCCCAGAAACCGCUCCAGUAACCGCAGGCCACCCACCACCACCACCACCACAACAGCAGCAGCAGAAACAACAACAGCAACAAUUGCAAGCGACCGACCAGCCCCCUUCAUCCAUCACACCUAAAAAAACCUCAAUCCAUUUAACCUCAUCUUCGCAUCACUUCUCGUAGUCUGUCUGUCUGUCUGUCUCCAAACACAGCAUGAUCCGCUC